AUGGGGAAGUACAAGCCUCCUAUAUUAAAGCGACUGGCUGAUCUGAACGCUCUUAAAUUGCAAGCCGGCCUUGAGUCAAAGAUUUCUGAAAAAUGGUUAAAACCUGACCUUAACUUGGCGACCUUGGCCCCUGGAAAGCCUCAUGCCAUAGUUGGGGAACCGGUACAAAUAGGGAGUUUUGGCGCCAUAUAUAGAGUGGUGUACAAUGAACUCAGGUAUGAAGUAGACGGCUCUGAGGGUCGCAAGAGAGAGGUCAACCCAGAGUUUGCAGCUAAGGUGAUAUGGAAAGGCAAGGACAUGAAAGGAAAAGAGAGGAAUCAACACGAAAGAGAAGACAUGAAAUUAAAAGUGCUGCAGGAAGCUAAGAACUUGAUGAAAAUGAGCCGCGAGCAUAGACAUAUUUUGACCUGCUACGGCGUGUUUGAGAGUAACGACUACUGGGUUCUUGUAACCGAAUAUGCCCAGCUAGGAGAUCUCUAUGACUAUUACCUCAACCUGGAUAACGACGAGCAUCGCGGUUAUCUCAUUGGCGAGCUCAUGCCACGACAUUUUAGGCAGGUGUCUAAAGCAAUUGUAUUUCUGCACCACAAAGAAUAUAUACAUCGAGACAUCAAGUUAGAAAACUUUUUCUUAUGCCUUAGAGGCGAUCCACUAAAAGAAGUCGUUGUUCUCGGUGAUUUAGCAUUGUACACAAAUUUAGUAAAAAUGGAAAAAUUCCGCGUCGGAGCAAAGGAUGUUUACGGAGCGGAGGGUGAAUAUGGGUCGCCAAAUUAUACUGCGCCGGAAAUGUUGCUGCAUCCCGAUAAGCCGUAUACAGAGGCAGUGGACAUGUGGUCCUUGGGAGCAAAUAUGUAUAUUUUCCCGUCCGAAAACUUCCUUUAUAAUCACGUUGCGAUAGAGCUUGGGAAAGACCCAGAAAAAUUCACUCCUCAGGAAGCGGCACGCAAAGUAGUAGAAAGUCAUGAGAAUUUAGACAAUGGCUCCAAGGGUUUGAUUGACGUACUCCUGAGUAAAGACCCGGAAGGACCAUCCUGGAUAAAGUUAAUGACUCCUGAUGCAAUCGAUUUCAUGCGAAAAUGCUUAGAGCUGGAUCCAAGCAAAAGAAUGACUGCAAAAGAAGCACUUGGCCACCCUUGGCUGAAUAUCAAAGGUGAAAAAGACGGCGUCAGUUGGGACUACGAUGCGAAAAAGGAAUUCAAAAGACUCGCAAGGAGGGCCGUUGCAGACCCGGAGAUACGUAAAAGGCUGCAAAGUCCAAGUGGCCGAUCCGAAUCUCGACAGCGAUCACAUGGAUUGACCUCAAAUGGAACUGACCCACAACUACAGGCUAUACGACAUCACACUGCUUCGCAGGCCUCCACAAAUCGUACUCAAAGCAGAGUUCCGAGCAAAUCAGAGGCACAUAGUACUGCAAAAGUCUCCCGUGUAGGAAAAGACCAGACGACUCCUACCGUUCGCACAACGAGCAGGGUUCUGAGUGAAGCAAAAGAACAUAGGACUAAAAGUGGUCUGAGUACAGGAAAAGACCGGACAGCUCCUACCGCUUGCACACCGACCAAGGUUCUGAGUGAAGCAAAAGCAAAUAGGACUGAAAGUAGUGCGAGCGCAAGGAAAGACAAGCCAGCUCCUGCCGCUCGCACAUCGAGCAAGGCACCGAGUGAAGCAAAGGGAAAUACGACUGCAAGAGAAUUAAGCGCAGGAAAAGACCAGACAGGACAGGUUCAUCAUCGUGUUGGCAGUAAUAACGCACCCAAGGCAAGUUCUUCCAAUGGCGGUAUAAAGGAGGGAGCAGAAGGAAUGCGCUCCAGACAUACUAGUCAAGUUGACAAGUGA